AUGCCGACCCUAGACACAAUUAUCGCGAGAACCCCGCUCGCCAUCUUCCUCUCAGUUUUUAUCUGCUUCUUUGUUAUCUACAUCCGAUCCAAACCAAACACCAGCCGUAGACAUGGCGUCGAAUCUCCAAGCCCACCGCCAGAAAAGAACACAGAACAAACACCUUCUGGCUAUCCCCUACUCGCCCCUGUGCCCAACUUCAACUGGGAGACAACCGAACCGCUCGUCUUCAGACCAUUCAAGCCGAAGUUUCAUCUGACGAUGGCAAUAACCAACCUCAACCUCUCAGACCUAAUUCCCAUGGACAAGACAUAUCUAUCCCGCCUGUCUCUGCGGAAGGAUCUUCUGGCGCAGCAUGCCGAUGUCGUCCGCGGCGUGAACAUCCAAGCGCACAAUCCAGCGAAGAACGAGGAGAUUAGAGAAGCACUCUGCGAGUGGUACGAGUACGCCAUGGGCACAUAUCUACCGGAGAGAUACCCAAGCAUGUUCCGAAUUGUCUCCGGCGAUACCGAGAAACGAGGAACGAUGCUCGAGUCCCUCGUCACAGGAUUAAGGGUCCCCAUUGACCCAGAGGAACUGAUGCACACUGUCUCGACAAGCAGCACAGACGAAGUCGCCCAAGAGAAGGUAAAGCUCCUCCACCUCCUCGAUACCCUCGGCACCUGGAUCGACGAGGACUUCCUCAUCCUGGUCCCCUCGCCCGUCUCUCCAACUCCCGACGAUCCCACCCCAGACCCAAGCACACAGUACCACCUGGAAGCCUACACAACCUACUACCCAGCCGGCUUUGACACGCGCAAGAAGCUCGGGCGAACACUACAGCAAAUCCACGUCCCGCUCCCGCGGUACAAGCAGAAGCUCUCCAUGAGCAUGGACCGGUUCUUUGAGCGGCUUGAGGUGGGCAAGGCCGUUAUGCGCGUGAACUGGAGCAUUAUGCCGAAGGGGACGGGGCUGUUCGCUGCGUUUGGAGGGCUGCAUGAUCAUUCUCCCGACGAGGCGCCCAGGGAGGAGAGGAUUGAGCCGGAGGGAUUUGAUGGAGAGGAGACGUUUCUGCGGUGCGAGAGGCAGACGCUGCAUCGGCUACCGAAGAGUAAGGCGGUUUUGUUUGCGUUUCAUACGUAUACGUAUCCGAUUAGGGAUAUUAGGGAGGAGGGACUUGGGGAGGAGUUGGCUACUGCGAUUGAGGGGUUGGAGGGGGGUAGUGUGCCGGAGAUUUACCCGUACAAGAACGGGCCGUAUUGGGGGACGGCUGUGAAGGCUUUCUUGAGGUCAUGA